AUGGCAGCUCCCGUGGACUUGUCGCACCACUUCUCCUCCAUCUCGAGGAAUCGUCAAGCCAGUGCUGUCAAAGACUUCUACAAGUACUUUGCCAUCCCCGGCAUCGUCAAUUUUGCAGCCGGCCAACCACACCCAUCCUACUUCCCCUAUGACACCCUGGAAGCCAAGGUCGCUCUGCCCCAGAGAUUUAACGUCCCCAACACGAACAAUGCCACCCCCGAGCCGGCUUCCGCCCGGAUAACAGUGCCCAAGGAAAGCCGCACGGCCGACCUCCAGCGGCGCAUUGACCUGGCCACGGCCCUGCAAUACGGACUCGCAGAAGGCUAUGCUCCCGUUCACUCGUUUAUCCGCCAGUUCACGCGCGAUCACCUCCAUCCCAAUGUCCCCUAUGCGGGCGGCCCGGAGAUCAUCAUGACCUGCGGGUCCACUGAUGGGUUCUCCAAGGUGAUCGAGCUGUUUACCAAUGCAUGGAACCCUGACCGUGACUGGAUCCAGCAGCGGGAGGGCAUGUUGUGCGAGGAAUUCACCUAUAUGAAUGCCAUCCAGACGGCUAGACCGAAGGGGAUCAAUAUAGUGGGCGUCACCAUGGAUGGCCAGGGCUUGUGUGCUACGGGUAAAGGUGGCCUGGAAGAUGUGCUGAAGAACUGGGAUUUCAAGCGUGGUCGACGGCCGCACUUGCUGUAUACCAUUGCAGUCGGGCAGAAUCCCACGGGAGGAACGCUCUCGGUGGAGCGCAAAAAGCAGGUCUACGCUAUCUGCCAGAGGUACGACGUGAUCAUCGUCGAGGACGAACCGUACUGGAACCUGCAGUUCCCAUCGGCGUACGAGAUGUCGACUCGCUACCGCGGUCCGUCUUCUGAGCCAUCCUUGUACACCCAAAACUACAACUCACAAGGCAAAUCAUCUGGCUACGCUUUUCUGGACUCGCUGGUUCCCUCAUAUCUGUCUAUAGACACCGAGGGCCGUGUUGUGCGACUAGAUACCUUCUCCAAGACCAUCGCACCGGGCAGUCGGCUAGGAUGGAUGACUGCCCAGCCCGGAAUUAUCGAGCGUGUGACUCGAAUCACAGAAGUCUCGACGCAGCAGCCCUCCGGCUUCGUGCAGUCUCUGGUCGCGGAAGUACUGAUUGGCCCUCAGCAUGAUGACCGCGUCUCUGCCAAAAAGGAUGCACAGGGCUGGCAAAUGGAUGGCUGGGUGCGCUGGCUAGAGGGUCUUCGCAGCAGUUACGAAGGGCGCAUGCAAGCCAUGUGCAAGAUUCUUGAGGAAAACAAGUAUCUCUUCAACGAGAGCACAGCUGCCUCCGACGACCCCGUCAAUGGGUGGGAGGUAGUCGACCGCACGCAAAUGUUCGACUUUGUCUGGCCGAUGGGUGGAAUGUUCCUCUGGCUUGAAGCAUGUUUCGACACGCACCCCUUGCGAUCGCAGCAUAGCCCUGAAUCGCUAUCCAAGGCGUUCUGGGUACAUCUGACAAAAAUCCCACAGCCGUGCCUUGUCGGUCCGGGGAGUAUGUUCAGCGCGACUCCGCAGUCUGCUGCAAAAGCUCACAGGUACUUCCGGUUGGCAUUUGCGCCCAUGGAAGCUAGUGAGGUCUCGGAUGUUACGCACAGGCUGAUCAAAGGGUUCCGGACGUUCUGGCAGCGCAAGGAUCUCGAUGGUUUGGACGAUGCGCCCGGUCGCGAUACUGGGGUAGCUAUGCAACACGGUUCUACGGCGAAUCUCUUUGGAAUCGGCUGUUAA